GCCGCGCUCAGGUCUCGCGCGGCCCCGUGCCCCGUCGCCCGCCCCCUUCCGUCAUGGCGGCCGCCGCCGAGGAGCCGUUCCCUUUCCACGGCCUCCUGCCCAAGAAGGAGACCGGCGCCGCCGCCUUCCUCGCCCGCUUCCCGGACUUCGACGGGCGGGGGGUACUGCUGGCUGUGCUGGACACCGGCGUGGACCCGGGGGCGCCGGGCAUGCAGAUUACAACUGAUGGGAAACCCAAGAUAAUUGAUAUAAUUGAUACAACAGGCAGCGGUGAUGUAACUACAUGUACCGUUGUAGAACCUAAAGAUGGGGAAAUUACUGGUCUUUCUGGAAGAACUUUAAAGAUUCCAGCGAACUGGGUAAAUCCUUCAGGCAAAUAUCACAUUGGCAUAAAAAAUGGCUAUGAUAUCUAUCCUAAAGCUCUUAAGGAAAGGAUACAGAAAGAACGCAAGGAAAAGCUCUGGGAUCCUGUUCACAGAUUGGCUCUAGCAGAGGCCUGUAGGAAACAAGAAGAAUUUGAUGCUGCUCAUAGCUCUCCCUCCCAGGUUUGUGUAAAUAAGCUAAUAAAGGAAGAACUUCAAAAUCAAGUGGAACUGUUGAAUUCUUUUGAGAAAAAAUAUAGUGAUCCUGGCCCAGUAUACGAUUGUCUAGUAUGGAAUGACGGUGAGACCUGGAGAGCCUGCAUAGAUACAAGUGAGAGUGGUGACUUAAGUAGCUGUACAGUGCUGAGAACCUAUAAAGAGGCUCAGGAAUAUGGAUCUUUUGGAACAUCUGAGAUGUUGAAUUAUUCUGUGAAUAUAUAUGAUGAUGGAAACCUUCUUUCCAUUGUGACAAGUGGAGGAGCACAUGGAACACACGUGGCUAGUAUUGCAGCUGGAUACUUUCCAGAAGAACCAGAAAGAAAUGGUGUGGCUCCUGGAGCUCAGAUUCUUGCAAUCAAGAUUGGCGAUACAAGACUAAGUACAAUGGAAACUGGCACUGGUCUAAUAAGAGCUAUGAUAGAAGCAAUAAAAUACAAGUGUGAUCUUGUCAACUAUAGCUAUGGAGAGGCAACACAUUGGCCAAAUUCUGGGAGAAUUUGUGAAGUAAUUAAUGAAGCAGUGUGGAAACACAAUGUAAUCUAUGUUUCAAGUGCAGGAAAUAAUGGCCCUUGCCUUUCUACAGUAGGAUGUCCUGGUGGAACUACAUCUAGUGUAAUAGGUGUUGGUGCCUAUGUAUCACCUGACAUGAUGGUUGCUGAAUACUCUUUAAGAGAAAAACUGCCAGCAAAUCAAUAUACUUGGUCAUCCAGAGGGCCUAGCACUGAUGGAGCCCUUGGAGUAAGUAUCAGUGCCCCAGGAGGUGCUAUUGCUUCUGUUCCAAACUGGACUCUGCGAGGAACACAACUCAUGAAUGGCACAUCCAUGUCUUCUCCCAAUGCAUGUGGAGGCAUUGCAUUAGUAUUGUCAGGUCUCAAGGCUAAUGAUAUUCAUUACACUGUUCAUUCUGUCAGAAGAGCUUUAGAAAAUACUGCAGUGAAGGCUGAAAACAUAGAAGUAUUUGCACAAGGACAUGGAAUUAUUCAGGUUGAUAAAGCCUAUGACUACCUCAUUCAGAAUUCAUCAUUAACAAGUAACAUAGGCUUUACGGUUACUGUUGGCAGCAACCGUGGAAUCUACCUCAGAGAUCCUGCCCAGAUAGCUGCACCUUCUGAUCAUGGGGUUGGCAUAGAACCUGUCUUUCCGGAGAAUACAGAAAAUACUGAAAGAAUAUCUCUCCAGCUUCAUUUAGCUUUAACUUCAGCUGCACCGUGGGUCCAGUGUCCUAGUCAUUUAGAGCUUAUGAACCAGUGUCGACACAUAAAUAUUCGUGUGGAUCCACGUGGCCUGAGAGAAGGACUGCAUUAUACAGAGGUGUGUGGAUAUGAUAUAGCAAUGCCUAAUGCAGGCCCUCUGUUCAGAGUUCCAAUAACUGUUGUUAUACCAACAAGAGUAGAUGAAUCAUCAAGCUAUGAUGUGACAUAUACAGAUGUUCAUUUUAAACCUGGUCAAAUCCGAAGGCACUUCAUUGAUGUUCCACAGGGAGCUACGUGGGCUGAAGUGACAGUAUGUUCAUGUUCAGCUGAUGUGACUGCCAAGUUUGUGCUUCAUGCUGUUCAGCUGGUGAAACAAAAAGCCUAUAGAAGUCAUGAGUUCUACAAAUUUUCAUCCUUACCAGAAAAAGGAUCAGUGACUGAAGCAUUUCCUGUCUUAGCUGGAAAAACCAUUGAAUUUUGUGUUGCUCGGUGGUGGGCAAGCCUUAGUGAUGUUAGCAUUAAUUACACAAUUUCUUUCCAUGGUGUACUUUGUGCUACUCCUCAGCUAAACAUGCAUGCUUCAGAAGGCAUCGUACGAUUUGAUGUUCAGUCCCUGUUGAAGUAUGAAGAUAUUGCUCCAUGCAUAAAUCUGAAAAGCUGGGUUCAAACGCUCAGACCAGUGAGUGCAAAAAUAAAACCUUUGGGCUCCAGAGAUAUUUUACCAAAUAAUCGUCAACUGUAUGAAAUGAUUUUGACCUAUAACUUCCAUCAGCCUAAGAGUGGGGAAGUAACUCCAAGCUGUCCACUUCUUUGUGAAUUGUUGUACGAAUCUGAAUUUGAUAGUCAACUUUGGAUUAUUUUUGACCAGAACAAAAGACAAAUGGGUUCAGGAGAUGCCUAUCCGCACCAGUAUUCUGUGAAACUGGAAAAAGGAGAUUACACUAUUCGGUUACAAAUUCGUCACGAACAGAACAGUGAGCUGGAUCGCAUCAAAGACCUUCCAUUUAUUGUUUCUCACAGGUUGUCUAGUACCUUGAGCUUAGAUAUUUAUGAAAACCAUAGCCUUGCUCUCUUAGGAAAGAAGAAAUCCAACAGUUUGACAUUACCACCAAAACACAGUCAGCCAUUCUUUGUUACAUCUCUGCCUGAUGACAAAAUACCUAAAGGAGCAGGACCAGGAUGUUAUCUUGCAGGAGCUCUUACAUUGUCUAAAACAGAACUUGGAAAGAAAGCUGGGCAGUCUGCAGCAAAGCGACAAGGAAAAUUUAAAAAGGAUGUCCUUACUGUUCACUAUCAUCUGAUACCAUCACCAUCAAAAAGUAAAAAUGGCAGCAAAGAGAAAGAAAGAGAACAAGAAAAAGAAAAAGAUGUAAAAGAAGAAUUUGCUGAAGCUUUAAGAGAUCUAAAAAUACAAUGGAUGACCAAGCUGGAUACCACUGACAUGUAUAAUGAAUUGAAAGAAGCGUUUCCUAAUCAUCUUCCAUUGUAUGUUGCAAGACUUCAUCAGCUGGAUUCUGAAAAGGAACGAAUGAAAAGACUUGAUGAAAUUGUUGAAGCUGCAAAUACUGUAAUCUCUCAUAUUGAUCAGACAGCAUUAGCAGUGUAUUUUGCCAUGAAGACUGAUCCCAGGCCUGAUGCAACUACUAUAAAAAAUGAAAUGGAAAAACAGAAGAAUACUUUAGUGGAUGCACUUUGUCGAAAAGGAAGUGCACUGGCUGACCAACUUCUUCAUCUGCAGGCCCAAGAAGGGGCUGCUUCCAGUGAUGCGGAAGGCAAAGAUGAGGAUCAUGAGAGCUGCUCAGAAGCGUUGACAGAGACAUUCUGGGAAACAACAAAAUGGACUGAUCUUUUUGACAGCAAGGUUUUGACUUUUGCCUAUAAGCACGCAUUGGUAAAUAAAAUGUAUGGGAGAGGUCUCAAGUUUGCCACAAAACUUGCAGAAGAGAAGCCAACGAAGGACAACUUGAAAAACUGCAUUCAGCUCAUGAAAUUGCUUGGAUGGACUCAUUGUGCAACUUUCACUGAAAACUGGCUUCCUGUCAUGUAUCCACCUGAUUAUUGUGUAUUCUAGAAAACCAACAACUGUAAACUUAAAGUGAUUUUAUAUGGGGCAGGAUAUGAGAAGAUAAGUUUGACUUUUUAUUGGAACGCAUGUUUUCAUUACUGAAUGCUGAUUAUUAAAUUGUGUGUAUUUAUCAGUAAAGGCACCUGGGUACAGCUUAAUACCUGUUAACCUAACUCCUGUCAUCAGGGAGUUUCCUUAUUGUGCAUCCCAUUGCUGGCAAUGGAUGUGCCAGAACUGCCAACACCAAGGAUUUGGAAUUAGGCUGGAAAGGCUUACUGCAUGCAUGUUAGGUUCUUAACUGUUACUUUUAACUGCAAACCUGUAAAAGCUCUGUAUUUUUUACAGUAAAUUGAAUUUUAACAUGUUUGAUCUUAAUUUCAAUUGUAUGAAGGCCUUAAAGCUACUUCAAGAGUAGCUAAAAUCUUAUUUAUUAGACUAAAGUAACGGGACAUCAUUACCUGUAUUGUUUGCAAGAGUUUACAUUUAAUUUUUUUUUUUAAGAAAAAUUCAACCUCUCAAACUGUUAUAAUGUGUAACUCGGAAUUGCUGAUGCAUAGGUGCUCUUGUAAAUCUUCAUUUUGGAGUGAUUUCAGGCAAACUCAAAAAUCCAUAUGAAGUUGAGUAUCAGGACAGGCUGAUACAUGUAUAAAAGUGCCAGACAGUUAAAUCUCGAUCAGGUAUUGUAAAGCUAUACAUAUAUGUUUAAUAAUGUUAAAAAUGUAAAACACAACAGAAUAAAUGUGCAAAGUUGAAGAUCAAAAACCACCACGUGCACUCUGAUAUUUUAAAAGAUUAUUUUAUAAUUAAAAAAAAAGAAUAACGAAGCUAAAAAUUGUAUUGUUUUCUGAAAGAUACAUAAAUGAAACUUGCUGAAAGAAAACACCUUACAAACAACAGAAGUUCAGUGCAGCCCAGAAGAUCAGUGCUUUCUGUUAAAGCCUUUUUACUAACUAUUGCUACUAACAUUGUUCCUUCAGUGGAGUGAAAUUGGUCUGUUUGAACAGGUCAUAUGUAUCAGCCAGAGACAAAUUGCUAUUUCAUUUGUCUUGCCAGUUUUUUCAUAACUUGUAAUGCAAAACUCAGAUACAACUGCAACUUUACAAACAUAAAUGCACAGAAGGUGCACCAUAAUGCUGCAAAAACAUUCCAAACCAUAAGGUGCUGCCACUAAAUCAAAAUUAGUAGUAGUUUUCUCUUUAAUUCUCUCUUACUGUUGCUUUAAGCAGCUUGACAUUUGAUUCUGGAAAUUCUGCUAGAAUAGUUGUGUUAAAUAUAUUGCCAAGUUUUUCCAAAAAUUCAUAGUCUGUAGUGAAUCUGAAUUUAUUUGCCCAUAGUAAUACUGUUCCUGGCUUACAAAAAUACACCAUUGUUGCUAGCAGCUGGUCCAAAGCUGCAUGAUGGUAUACAACAUCAGUUGCCAGUAUGAAAUCAUAAUGGUAAGUUGAUACAGGAAAGUCUUCAUUGAGGCCUUCUCCCCAUACCAGUUUUCUCACUUCAGGUUUGUGCAUAUUCAUGUUUUGUGUAUUUCUUGAAAUAUUAUAUGAAAGAUUUUCAAGAACUUCAGGCAAAUCAGUAGCUGUAACAUAAGCUCCUAAAGAAAACAUGGAUUUGUUUCAAUUCAUAGGUAUGUAGUUGAACAUACCCACCCAUGGCAGGGGGACUGGAACUAGAUGAUCUUUAAGGUCCCUUCCAACCCCCAAAAUUCUAUGAUUAUAUAUAUAUCUAUAAUCAUAUUCUAUGAUCAUAUAUAUAUAUAUAUAUAUAUAAAAAAAAACUUUAUCUGCUUAACUCCCCCAGCUUCCCCUUCACCAAUAACUAAGGUAGUUACUUUAUUAACAAAACAGUAUUUUACAAUAAUUUUCAUUUUUAAAAAAAGGCAGUGACAAACAAGGUUUACUUCAACUGUUGCUUCACUGCCUUAAAGUGACAGUGGCAGAUCUAGAUCAUCUUUCACAAGAAAUCCAAAAGUAAAUAUGAAUUUACUAACCUAAGAUACAGGCCACAAUGGAAACCAAGCCUGUUCCAGCGCCGAUUUCCAAAACUUUUUUGUCUUUGAGGUUGAAUUGUUCUUGAUUUGAUUCCAGAUAUUGAGAUAAAGCCAGUGCCUAAAACAGUUAACACAUAUCCAUAAGAGAGUAACAGGUAAGUUGCACAAAAAUUCAUUAGAUGUUUUUAUACAGGUUAUUUUUUUUAUAUAUACAGUGAAAAACACUGAAGGCUGUAACAUAAAAAUGUAAUAUGGAAAGAAUUAUGAUGUGUCCUGUUUUUUAUAAUAAAAAAAAUGUUAAACAGCUUAUUUUUAGUUUUAGGUUUAUGGGAUAUGGAUUUGCUACACACUUUUAUACACUGUGAGUCUUCUGACAGCUCAAGGUAGACAGUGUUUAGAUGUGAACCAUACAGUCAGAACAACAAAUGAGGUUUAACAAUAUGUAGAAAGUAAUGUUCUGGUUUAUUAUCAUAAAUGUUAUGGUUUAUUAUCACUAUCACAAAGUAGACUUAGGCUUCAGCGAAUAUUUUUUUGAAAACCGAUUUUUCGUUUGUUUUAAUUUUUUUUUGCAAAGGAAAUGUUAAAAAUUUGUUAUUUACCAACAGAACACACUUGUCUGUUGAUAAUAGUGUAAACUUUAAAAAAAAACAAAAAACCAAACAACCAGCACCACUGUAUGGAAGUAUUCCUUAUUAGACUUUUGUAAAGGUCUUAUCAGUAGGACAUAAAUCAGCUGUUUAUAAACAUCAUAAACCGAUGCCAAAGAAAUUAACUUCCCCCUUUUGCUUCUCUUCUUUAGAAUUGUGUUACUGUUACUGUUUUAACUCUUGUGCUUUUCAUAAUGCAACACUGGCUACCUGCUCUGGGAAAGCUGACAGCUAAUGAAUCGCCAGUCCAGUUUGUGCAACCUCUUGAUUUUCUUGGAAAGUUUUACUGUCUGCAUUCUGACACCUGAUUAAUGUGAGAACUGAUGAUCUGACAUUUCAAAAUAAGAUACUGUUUCACCCACCCAUACUCUUUCUCUAUUGUUUUGAGAUUGUCUGCCGUUUUCUGUGAGCUUUUUCAAUAAAUGUGGAUCUGAAAAUUUUUGAAA